GGCUUCGCCAUUUUGUUGAUGGUGGUCGAUCGGCUUGACUCACUAUUGUAGCGUGUUAUCAAGUUACUGAAUUAAAUCAAUUUAUUUAUUGAUUGCGAUUGCAAAUGUAGAAUAGCGUUGCAUUUGAUGCAAAGAGCUGCACGUCGGCUACGUUUAACCAUUCGGAAAUAAUGUGAGGUAGUUUUAGUUGGAAUUCGGCUCGGAAGUAUUUUAUUUUAAUUAGAGUUUUUUUUUCGAUUAAAACAACCAUGUAUACGGGCACAAAUACUGAUCAGGAUAACCGGUUCAGCGAUAAAGAGAAGAAACUUCUCAAGCAGAUGAAGUUUAGUCCUUGUUUAAGUCAGCAGGUGGAUAUGACCAAAAUCAAGAUAGAAGUAAUCAAGCCUUGGAUUUCUGAUAAAGUAACGGAAAUAUUAAAAAUCGAAGACGAUGUAGUCGUUAACUUUGUUUACAAUCAAUUAGAAGUUAAGUUUCCGGAUCCAAAGAAGAUGCAGAUUAAUUUAACCGGCUUUCUCCAAAGCAAAAACGCCAUGGAAUUCAUGGCCGAACUUUGGGCCCUUCUACUAUCCGCUCAGGAGAACCCUUCAGGUAUACCCGAAUCCUUAAUAAACCUAAAAAGAGAAGAACUCGCCAUCAAAAAGGAGAAGGAAGAAAGGGAAAAGUCGGACAAAGAGAGGAAAUACCGCGAUCGCGACCGGUCCCGUUCCAGGCGUUCCAGAUCGAGGUCGAGGACCAGGAAGACGUCCAGGGAUCGUUCCAGCCGCAACAAGGACAAGAAAUCCAGGAGCAGGGACAGAAAGUCGCGCAGCAGGGACAGGAAAUCGAGGAGUCGAGACAAGAACUCGCGCUCGAGCGACAGGAAGUCGAGGAGCCGCGAAAGGAGCAGGACGAAGGACGGCGUCAGCAAGUCGAGGAGCAAGGAGAGAGAACGGACAUCGAGAAGCCGGUCCGGUUCUGCUAAAGAAAACGAAGUCGUCCGGAACAACGGAGACAUCAGUCCUAAUGAAAGAACCAACGGUAGGGAAGAAUCGUUGGAUAAGAACGGUACAACGGUUCCCGUACAGCCGGUUUCCAAGCUGCAGGCGAAGUUGAUGUCGCUCGCCGAGAACAAGAAGCUUUCCAGAUCGAGGUCGCCGAGCAGGAGUCGCACCCGGUCGAAGUCUCGCAGCCGAGGGGCUCGAUCGAAGUCGAGAUCGAAGUCGCGAUCGUCGAGCCGGUCGUUCAAAGGCAGACGGUCCAGGUCGACGUCGAAGACGCUCAAGGACAAGCGACGGUCGCGAUCGAGCUCGGGCUCGAAGGAGAACUUCGAGAUCAGAAAGAAGGAGGACAGCGUGCAGAAGAAGAGGCACUACAGGUCAAACAAGGACAGCUCCGACAGCGAGGCGGAUUCGAAGAGGAAGAGGUCGAGGUCGAAGUCGCGCCGAAGGAAGGACAGCCCGAGGGGGAAGAAGAGGAGUCUGUCGAGACGGAGGUCUACCAGCAGACGGAGGAGUAUAUCUAGAAGACGAAGCCCAUCGAGAGGCAGGCGAAGCAUCAGCCGCGACCGGCGCCGCCGCAGCCCGUCCAGGCGCAUUUCGCCGAGAAGAGGCCCCGGCCCUCGCAGGAGCUACAGCCGCAGGAGUCGCUCGCGCAGAAGGGGAAACAGCCGGCCUCGCAGGGGCAGCCCGAGAAGAAGGUCCAGAAGCAUCAGUAGAAACAGGUUCCGAAGGAGCCGCAGCAGGAACAGGAACUCGUACAGGCGGCCGACGCCGUCGCGCGAACGCGACCGACGAUUGUCGAGAGAUCGCCGAUCGAGGUCCCGAAGACGGUCCCGUGACCGUGGCAGCGCGCGCAGGAGAUCACCGCCGAGGGAGAGGUCCAGGCAACGCCGGCCGAGCCCCAGUCCGCAGAAGAGGGACAGCCGCCAGGAGGACAGGAGGCCGGCGCGCAAGGAGGAACCGCGUCUCGAACCGCCGCCGAGGAAGGUCGAAGAGGCCCGACGGAGGAUCGAAGAGGAGCUGAACCGGCACGAGAAGAAGGAGAAGGAGGAAUCGGAGCGACGCAAGAAGGCGGCGGAGCAGGCCGCCUCCGCCCCCGCGACCGUCACCGACGCGUCCACCAAACUCAAGGAGAAGGAUCCGGAGAGGGAGAAGAAGAAGUCGAGGAGCGUCUCGCCGGGGGAGGAGAACUAUCCCAUUCCGCCGCACGGUCCGCCGAGGUACUCGAGGAGCCUCUCGAGGACUCCCUCGCCGUUCAUCAAGGCCGACGAGUUUCCGCCGAAGCCGGCGAAGACUUCCGGCCCGAAGGACGAGAAGAAGAAGUCGCACAAGGAGAAGGUCGCCAAGAAGGUCGUCAAGAAGACGUCGAAGAGCGACACGGAUUCGAAUUCGUCGGAUUCCGAGAGCGAGGAGGAAUCGAAGAAGGACAAGAGGAAGGUGAGGACGAAGAAGAAGCUGAAGAAGAGGGAGUCGUCGAGCAGCGACAGCGACGACGAUCGUUCGUCGCGCGAGGUCGAGGUGAAGAAGCGCAAGGACAGAAAGAAGAGAGAUUCCAGCGAGGAGAAGCCGCCCAAGAAGCGACACCAAUCUUCCGAUUCGGAGGAGGAGAAGAAGGCGAAGAAGAAGCGUCGGUCUCAGAGCACCGACAAACCCAAGAAAUUGAAGAAGGAUUCGAGCGACAGUGACGUUCCGAAGAAGAAGAAGCGCGUCGAUUCGUCGGACGAUUCCGAAAAGGAGAAGCCGAAGAAACACAAGAAGGACAAGGACUCUUCGUCCGACAGCGACGACGAUUCUUCCAAGAAGAAGAAGCACCGAAGGAAGGCUAAAUCGAAGUCGGGCAGCGAUUCGGACGACGAGGUGGAGAUUAAGAAGAAAAAGCGCGACAAGAAACACAAGAAGAAGAAGAAACACUCGAAGAAACAUAAGAAGCAUAAAAGGAAGAAGCAGGAGAGCGACGACUCUGACAACAGCGAAUCGGAAGUGGUGAACGAAGACGAGAGGAAAUUGAGAGAAAAGGCUUUAAAGUCGAUGAAGAGGCAAAACUCUAGCGAUAAGUCUGAGCAGGUUGUUGGGACUGUGAAGUGAUCCGAGCGCCUGCCAUGCAUGCCCAGCUGAUUCGUCCAAUAUCACACACACACCCUGUUUUAAUC